AUGGACUUUUACAAGGAUAAAGCCAAGCUAAUUGAUAAGCUCCUAGAGGAAGGUCCUACUUCCACAGAAGAGAAGGACGAAGCUCUGGUGACUUUAAAACGAGAACGUCAUACGCACAGCAAGUUUUUUGCCUGCCAUGUUGUUGUUUUGGUACUUGUGCUAGUACUGGGAAUGUGUUUGUUGGCGCGUGUAGCUUACUGUGGUUUUCAAACCACGGGAUAUGAUCAGCAGUCACUGAACGGAGGUUUGUCUAUCCUUAUAUUGGGCCAUUCCAUUUAUUGUCCGCCCCCCUUUAUUGAAGGUACUUUUACAUUUACUCAGAGAUGCCAAUCAACCUCGGUUCUUUAAUCCCGCCAUCACUACCAAAAUUUUCCCUUAUCUCGAAAUCCCGAACGUUUUCAUCGGCCAAAUCCCGAUCCCGGUCACAUCAUUUACCAUGGUCCACCUUAUCAGUACCCUGCUAGCAGAGUCGCUUCGAUCUUUCCUAAAUGAGUCGGGAAAGUCAAAGAGGAAGCGACUCUGCCGACAUCUUCAAGUUCCUUUGAUCUGUAGCCUCCCACGCAGACGUUCUUAGUGGUUCGUCACGCGUUCCUGCCCCACGAACGUCUGCUGAAUCGAAAGAUAAGUUCCUUUCCCAUUGUUCGCAAAUAUCAGCUGGUGAUCACAUGCAGAUUAUCGGAGAUCCAAUCGGCCCUGUUGAAGUCAAAGUGUUGACAAGCCAAACACAUAUAUAUACGUACACGCUCCGUAGAGUGUGAUGCGUGACCAAAGACUUUUGCUGCGAACGAAAAUCUAGAUAAGAUUUUCAGGUCAAUGUUACAUGGUUUUUGUCCUUUUCCCCCGGUGUCCUUGACUGAAUUGUGCUCAUUCUGGUAUGGUUUGAAACAUCUCUUCACUCUGCAGAAGUUAGCGGACAAAGUUGCCCCUGACCGUUAAAACUGAUGACGUCACAAGCGGUAGAAAGGACGUGGAUCUCCACGGGUGGCUCAGGGGCAAAUGGGUUAAGCCAUAGGAGCUCAUAGGGACUGUUAUUCACUGAUUUAAGUGGUUAAUUCCACAAUUUAGCUGAAUUUUUUUUAUUUUUAUACCUGCCCACAUUUUCUCUUGGAACAACUGAGUGAAACUUGAUUUUUCUUUGGCUAUUUUUUAUUGUUUUAAUUUAGGUUAUUAUGAGCUUGAAAUCUUUCAAGGUGAGGACAAGCCACAUCACAGCACAAUGGAUAGGCCUCUACACCAGAUGAGGGGCAGGAUUUCUAGUGUUAAAAGUUCUGCUUCUUAUAAUCCCCCUCCAAGAUCAGAAAAGGCAAAAACAGGUGAGUCAUAGAGAAAGGCUGUAAAAAAAAUCCCUGAGCCCAGGUGACAUGAUUAGGGCGACAUGCAUAUCUCCUUCUAUAGACUGCCAGUCAACCAUGUCUUGAGUUUAUCUUGGUGAAAAUUGCAUUUGGUCACGUUAAAUAAACUCCCCUGUUUAAUAUUAUUUUUGUCUACAGCAAGGUACAUUGUGCACAACACUAUCUGGGGAUCUAUCUCAACUAUCUCUGUGGCACUGAAUGGAGCUCCUUUUAGUGUGGUUACAUCAUUCAGUGAUGGGACUGUUGAUAAUAGCACAGGGAUACCAUACUUUUAUCUGUCAAAUUUUGACCCUAUAUGCACAAACAUAAAGGAAAACAACUGGGCAAGUCUGUCAGUUUCUGAAGCACAAAGUGAUUACUGCAAGGAACAUGACUGGGACCCUGAGGAACCACUUUGCUCUAGAGUUUCUCUCACAGGAAAGGUAAGUAAAUUGCAUUUUAAUGUUUUAGCCUAAGGAGCAAGACUCAUAAUCUGCAAGCGGGUUUUUUCCUUCAUAUUUAGUACACAAAACAACCGUUGUGGUCCCACUGGCCUUCCUAGUGGAGACCGUGGAAACUGGCAAUAAGAAUCGUUGUGUGGCCAAAGCCAUGCAUGUUUUGUGAAGAAUGCAUCUGUCGAUGAAUUCUAUCACUUAAAAGCAUUGAUUACUUUGGAACACAUGAAUACUUCGGUGGUCGAAAAAAAAGGAAAACUUUAUUAGCAAAAGACUAACUGGUUGGGUGUUGUAAACUUUCAUUGUUUGCAAAUGGGUCUUGUGAUGAGCAUGCGGUCUAUUUUUGGCAAUGAUCGAAAUGACAUGCCAUGAAAAUCCCUUUUUUGAUCUCUGGCAAUGAUGUAAUUUCUCUGGAAUCAAGGCCCUUGAAUUUUCGUGUAUUUAUACACACGUAUAGCCUGCGACAGCAGACGUAUAACAUGCGUACUAAAUCAAUUCAGAAACAAAUAAAAAGUAAAUAUCCAGAAGUAGGGAGUGAAAAACAUUUAGUGAGUAAAUCCUGUUUCUUGUAGAAUUAAUCGCCUGCUCAUUUCUCGAUCUAAUCUCCAAGCAAGCGAGACUUAAACAUCGCUGUAAGAGUGUUCUUGUUGUAUACAUGUUCUGCUUCCAAGUAGACCUUGCCACAGUUUUGGAAGCCGUCUUGAUGAGUAGCCAACCACAUGAGAAAUUACAGUGUUUGUAUGAGAAUCUAAUGUGAAAUAAUUUUCGUACAACGGCUGUCCUGAAAAAAUAUGAAUUGUACUGAGAAAAUUUGAGGACGUUACAUGUAGCUACAUGCACUAGAACCACUUUGUAAAAUUUUCUAUACAUUUGUCUGUUAAAAUUUUUCUUCAUGCCGACUAAAAUUUCCCGGGAAAAUUGCAGACAAAAUUAAUAUGUGGAAAAUCUAAAGCAAGCGUUUGGAGAAAUUUAAGCACAGGUAUGGCCCAAAAAAUUUGUUUGUAGAAUCCCUUGCUGUGUAGCUUUAUUUUACAAUUCAUAAUGUUUCCAGAACAGCCUUUUUACAGAAAUUAUUUGACAUUAGAUUCUCGUACAAACACUGUGAUAUCUCAUGCGCUUGCCUACUCAUCAAGAUGGCUUCCAAAACCAUGUCAAGGUCUAUAAGUAAUAACAGCUCUUAUCAUUGAAUGUUUAUCAAUGUUUUAAACAUCAUGCAUUAACUGAAGGACUCUAAUGUUUCAUUCUUUCUUGUCUCUUAAAACUUAAAGCUUAUUCAUGUUGGCCCUGAUGAGAUCAAGUUUGCUCAAAAUGCUUUGUUUUCAAGACAUCCUGUGAUGAAAUCUUGGCCUAAGUUUCAUGGUAAGUGAUCACAAAAAUGUCAUUCUUUCUUUAUACCUGUUGCACCAAAUUUCAGUUCUUAGUUAUUUUAUAAUCAGGGUGCAAAGAAAGUCAGUUUUACAGCCUGCCAAUCGUGCAAGCUAUAGCUACAGCAUGUACUAGCCCACAAGUCAUUUUAACUAGCCCAAAAACCCUUUUUGAUUAGCAGGAUUGAUUACAAUUCUUCUGUAACUUGAAUUUCCCCAAAAAACAGCACCUGCCUGUCAGGCAAGUUAAGAACAAAUAUCACUAGCCCUAUAGCAAAAUCCCCUAGCCCCGGGCUAUCGGACAUGACCUUCUUUGCACGCUGAUGAUUAAGUGAUGUCUUUGCUGCCAUUGUCAGUGUCAUUGCAUAGCAUCUCUGUUUUUCUUAUUAUACUUUUUAUGUCAGUGAUGCAUUUACUCCGUCUAGUAACCAAGUUAUCUUCUUGUUACAGAUUGGCAGACACUCAAACUUGAAAUCGUCAAUGUCUGGUUGCAAGAUAUUUAUGGCCCAGCUGAUAUCAUUCCAGUAAAAGACUACCUGAAGGUCAAAUUGUAG